CGUUUCCGUCCUCCCACUUAUCACCCACCACCCGCCCAGGCACCCACCAUGCUCUCCCUCUCCCACCCCGCCGCGGCCUCCGCCGUGCCGCGCCACCGCCGCGCGCCCCGCCACGCCGCCGCGCCGUCCCGCCGCCGCGCCACCCACAUCGCCGCGAGCGCCAUCCUGCUCCCCGGCGGCGGCGGCCCCGGCGACCGGAAAAAGCUCCCCUUCACCCCGCCCCCGAUGGCGCCGCCGGGCCGGCUCUACCAGCCCUUCCACCCGCCGCCGUCCCCGCUGCCGCCCAGCUACCGCACCCUCGACCUCACCCAGCGCCUCGAGGUCCUCCGCGACCGCAUGGGCCGGUGGCACGAGUACGCGCCCCUCAUCGCCGCGCUCUCCCGGGACGGUUUCACCCCGUCUUCCAUCGAGGAGGCCACCGGCAUCUCCGGCGUCGAGCAGAACUGCCUCGUCGUCGCCUCGCAGGUGCGCGACUCGCUCCUCAGCGAGACCGCCGCCUUCCCGCCCGACCUGGUCCCCUACUUCGACUCCCUCGGCGGGCCCGAGCUGCUCUACGAGCUCCGCUUCCUCAACGCGCGCCAGCGCGCCGACGCCGCCAAACACUCCAUCGACCACCGCCUCGAGCCCAAGGGCGUGCGGGAGCUCGCGCGCUCCAUGAAGGACUUCCCGCGGCGCCGCGGGGUCGACGACGGGUGGGAGGACUUCGACGGGGCCUCCCCCGGCGACUGCCUCGCCUUCGCGCGCUUCCGCCAGUCGCGGGAGGCCAUCGACGUGGCGGACCGCAUCGCCGAGCUCGAGCGCGCGCUGCAGGUGGUGGCCACCGACCCUGCCAGGGCGCGCGUCGAGCUCGAGAUGGAGCGCGCGAGGAAGAAGGCCGCCGGAGAGGAGGUGGAGGAGGAGGACGCCGCCGCCGCGGCUCGCCCAGCCGUCAACGUGGUGCGGCUCCAGUACGGCGAGGUCGCCGAGGCUACCACCGUGCUGCUGCUGCCGGUGGUGCGCGAGACGGACGGCGUCGCCGCCAUGGAGGCCGCCCCCAGGCGGACCAAGACGGACGUGGACCUCGGCAUCGUCGAGGUGGACAAGGCGUGGGCGCGGUGGGCCGUCGUGCCCGGAUGGGGCCCCGUCGCCGCGGCAGCGGAGGAGGCGGUCGUGGUCGAGCUGGCCGACGGGCGCAAGUUGCCGUGGCGGACGGCGGAGGAGGAGCCGGUGCUGGUCAUCGCCAACCGGAGCCAGAAGGAGGUGGCGGAGAAGGGGCUUUACAUCCUCGAGAAGGAAGGCCGGCUUGUGGUGGAGAGAGGGAGAAAGCUGGCUGAGCAGGGCAUCACCACUGCCGCCGCCGAGGUGCUGAUCGUCGUCCGGCCGCCCAGGGACGAGGACGACAUGAUCAGCGAUGAGGAGUGGGACUGAUCUGGAGGGGUUUAGGAAGGGUUUCGGAGAUGUUGAUCAAUUUCUUCAUUGGUUAAGCACUUAAGCUUUCCCCUCAUCUUCAGUCUUCACUCGGUUGAUGAAUAAGAGGAAUGAAUUGCCUCCUUGCUUGGGUAGUUUGGUACGUCAUAUAGUAUAGGAACACUCUGUAGUCCCUUAGCCUUGCAUUGCUGGCUAUUGUUUUCUCUCAUCACAUUUGCUAUAAAUAAAUAAUACAAUCAGAAACACUCAUAUUACAUUACUGAAAA